AUGGCCAUCAAGACAGCUCCAAUAGACUUGAAUCAUUUCAAUGAAGCUACACUAAACAACCUCUUCACUCAGUUGAGCAAGAUCUACUCCACUUCGAACUUGCUCGUAUUGGAUCCAAUACUUUCACCAUUGGUCAACAGUCUCACAACAUUUCUGAACAUUAAAGACCAUGGCCACUGUCAAAAUGUCACCUGGCUUAACGAUGAAUUGCUGGAAUUGCCAUUGUCUGUAUUGUCCAAAUACUCAAGUUUAGUUUAUCUACUUCCCGAAUCGGAUGAUAAUCUACGGAAAUUGGAAAAGAGUAUACGACAUAUACAACAGGAAAGUCCUAGUUUAAAAUUCAACAUAAUAGUCAAAGACUUGUCGAAGGCGUUUCUAUACCAAAUCAACAAGAUUUUCAAUGGGAUUUUGGAUUUUGAAAAGAUUUUGGCGUUGCCUGAAGUGCUAAAACCAAUUAGUAUAACUUCCAAAAUCAAAGUAUUCAAUUGGGAUACCCAAGCAUUGUAUACCGAUGGGGUAUUAAUCACUCAAAUCGGUCCAUAUUCAGGCUUGGAUGAUUACUUCAAUAGGCCAAUAAAGCAAAUAAAUCAAUUGACUAAAGCUAUUCUUGAUGUUUUGUUUAUGGGCAUAAAUGAGAAUGAACAUCAACAUCGAUUCAAACUUCGAAACAUUUUUGGCAAGGGCAACCAUUCUGAGUUGUUAAUAAAGACCCUUUUGCAAGCUCAGAUACCUAGCUUUUUGAAUCAAAACAUGGCACCGUCGGAAAUUGAAUUCUAUGAAGACAAGUUGCAAAGUAAUACUGAUUUGGUGGUGAUUGAACGAAAUUUGGACAUGAUGCCGGUAUUGUUUAGUCAAUUAACAUACCAUGGUAUUAUUGAUGACUUGUUCAAGCUUGAAUUUGGGUCCAUUGUCAAUUUGAACGAAGGAGUUAGUAAAAACUUGUCCAAGGAUGAAUUGUAUAAUCGAGACUUGAAACAUUUGAAUUUCUCCGCAAUUGGAUCUAGAUUGAACAAAAUGGCGAAAUUGAUUCAACAAAAGUACAAAGAUACUGGGGGAAGUGGUGGUGAUGGAGGUAGUGGUGAUGCAAAUAUUGAUGACAUGAAAAAUUUGGUAUCUAAUUUGGGGAAUUUAACAUUACAGCAAGAUCUAAUCAAGAAACAUACAGUAAUAGGAGAAGCGGUGCUUGGUAAGAUUAACAAUGAAUAUGAAAAGUUUUUAACUUUACAAAAUGAUAUUUUUGAAAUGGAUUACAAGUUGCAAAUGUCCAAUUUGAAAUCAUUUAUCAAUAGCAAUUAUCAAAUUGAAUUCAUUUGGCCGACAAUAUUAUUAAUUGGAUAUAUAAAUGAUGGGUUCCCUAGUAAAGAUUUAGAGAAAGUUUCCACCGAGUUGCAAGAUAAUUAUGGACUAAAUGCAGCAAUUGCAUUGGAAAAAUUGGUUGAUUUGAAAUUGAUUAGAGUGAUUAAUGAUUCAUCAAGUGACUUCCUAACAUCAUUGGGGUUUUCUAGUCAAAAAAAGCAUCAAAAUGUUGCUCCUGUUUAUGAAGAUGAUAGUGAUGUUGCAAUCACAGGUGGUAAAGAUGUUCUCAAGAGUAAUUAUACUCUAGUGAAUAAAUUUUGGAAUUUGCAUCCAUAUGAAGAUGAUAAUUCAGGAGCCGAACUAUCGAAGCAACAACAACAAGAUCUGACUAAUCUUGUUCAAAUAUAUCUGAAUCCAUCUUUCACGUUACCAGGUAAUACAGUGCCAUUAACAUUCCGCAUCAUUGAGUCAUUAUAUUUCCGUGAUUUCUUGAAAUAUAAACCUGUUAAUAACGUCAAGUCACGACCGAAUUGGGAUAAUCUUGGCUUAAACACUAUGAUAGCUGGUAAAUCUGUUGAUAUGAAUUUGGAAGAUGUCAAUGAUGAUAAGCUGAAGUAUUUGAUCGUUGUAUUUAUUGGAGGUAUCACAAGAAGUGAAUUGACAUGUUUAAAGUAUCUUGAAGAGAGAUUGAAAGCUAGAAAACCGCCAAAAGAAAUUAUUGUGAUAUCCAAUGGCAUCAUCAAUAAUCAAGAUCUUUGGAAUUACAUCACUGAUUGA